UUGGUUCUCUCUCUCUCUCUCUCUCUCUCUCUCUCUCUCUCUCUUUCUUGGAUUUCAAGCUUUGUUGAAACCCUAAUGGCUCUCAAGACCGUGCUCGUCGCCGACGUGCCGGAAAGCCCGGCCGUGGCGCUGCCAAUCACUAGGAUUCAACCCAAAGGGAUGGUGGAGAUGGGACGUGGGGCUUCGGGGUUUGUGGUUGUGGGGCAUCGUGGGAAGGGUAUGAAUGUGUUGGCGUCGUCGGAUCGGAGGUUGAUGGCGGUGAAGGAGAACUCGGUUCGAUCUUUCAAUGCCGCUGCGCGAUUCCCCAUCGAUUUCAUUGAGUUUGAUGUUCAGGUUACUAAAGAUGACUGGGCUGUAAUUUUCCAUGACAAUUUCAUCCUCACCGAAGAAGAUGGUAAUAUUGAUGAGAAGCGGGUAACUGAUCUUACUUUGGAGGAAUUCCUCUCAUAUGGACCCCAAAAAGAAAUUGGAAAGAUGGGGAAGACAUUGCUUAGAAAGGCUAAAGAUGGGAGAGUAUUAAACUGGAAUGUGGAAGACGAUGACUCCCUUUGCACAUUACAAGAAGCAUUUCAGAAAGUGGACUCGCAUUUGGGCUUCAACAUUGAGCUGAAAUUUGAUGAUGACAUUAUAUACAAAGAAGAGGAGCUUACUCAUGCUCUUGAAGUCAUCCUGCAGGUGGUUUCACAUCAUGCCAAUGCAAGACCAAUAAUUUUCUCAAGCUUUCACCCUGAUGCAGCUCAACUUAUGCGGAAACUACAAAGUGCAUACCCUGUAUUCUUUCUCACGGAUGGAGGGUGUGAAGUUUACAGUGACAUCAGAAGAAAUUCCUUGGAUGAGGCCAUUAAACUAUGCUUGGCCAGUGGCUUGCAAGGAAUAGUUUCAGAAGCCAGAGGCAUCUUCAGAAAUCCAUCAGCAAUCUCCAGAAUGAAAGAAUCUAAUCUCCAUAUUCUGACUUAUGGCCAACUGAACAAUGUCCCUGAAGCAGUCUACAUGCAGCACCUGAUGGGGAUCAACGGUGUGAUCGUCGAUCUCAUUGAGGAAAUCACCGGGGCCGUUUCCGAGUUCACAAGUCCAGCCAUUAGAGUAGAUGAAAACUUGAGCAAGUCCACAGUUGAAGAGGAACAAGCCAACAAGCCUAACUUCUCCCAACUUGAGCUUGCUUUUUUGCUUAGACUUAUUCCUCAAUUGGUCCAACACUAGUGACAUUAGUUAAAGUUGAUUGCAACACAGGAAUGUUUUAUGUAUCUCAGUUUCAUUCAAAUACAUUGAUAGGAAUAGAACCUCAUUCAAUUUGGAUUUCAGAGAAGAAUCCAUUGUUGUACACUUAGAUUGGCAUCUUAAUUUGUAAGUGAUCUUAAAGUAUAUUCUUAAAAUAUAUAAUAAAUGAUAUGUUAUAAUCUC